GACAGGCAGAAAGAUUUUUUCAUGCUUUACUUCCGUCCCACUGUGUGUAAGUAGUGCUCGAGCAGGUGGUUUAUCCUGUGUGAUUAGCAGCUGUAGUUCUGCCCCCAGAUAUGGCAGCUCAGCUGAAAAAAGUGCGCAAACUCUUUAUAGAUGGAUGUAAUGCCGCAAUUAUCAACAAUUUACUAGAUGAUUUGCUGGAUAAAAGUGUACUAACAGAUUCUGAAGUGGAGUACAUCAAUGAGUGCAAUGCCAUAACCAAGGACAGAUGCCGGCGUAUGAUUGACAAUAUAAAGAAUAAAGGAGAUUAUUCUAGCAACAUUCUUCUUCAGUGCUUGGUGGAGAAUCACAAGACGCUGGCCAAAAACAUGGGACUUGAUGUUUCAGAAUCAGCUAUUGCACCCCAACCCAUACUAGAGCAGAAUAAGAAGACAAAUGAGAACACAGUUUCAGAACCUGCUAUUGCACCCCAACCCAUACAAGAGCAGAAUAAGAAGACAAAUGAGAACACAGAAAUCAGCAGCGUGAUUCAUUGUUCGGAUAAAGAUUUCAAGGAAAUUCAUGACACUCAAGGAGAUAAGAUUUAUGAAAUGCGGAAGCGUGAAGGACGGAAGCGCUUGGCUCUAAUCAUCUGUAAUGAAAAGUUUGAGACUCUGACUGAGCGCCAAGGGGCCAAGGUUGAUCUGGAUGGGAUGACCAAAUUACUAAAUGAAUUAGGAUACCAAGUCCUUCAAGAAACAAACUUGGCAAAAGAGGAAAUGCUGAAGGUGUUGAAGGAGUUUGCAGCCCGGGAGGAGCAUGUGGAUUCAGACAGCACCUUCAUAGUACUGAUGUCUCAUGGAGAUAAGCCAGGAGUCUGUGGGACAGACAGCAAGAAGAUAGAACAUGAAAAAGGACAGUGUCAGGUGACUAACCUGCUACAGACGGAUGAAAUUUUUUCUAUAUUCAACAAUAUCCAUUGCCCGAAACUGCGGGACAAACCAAAAGUCAUUAUUAUUCAGGCCUGCCGUGGGGAAGAAAGAGGCCAAAAAUUAGUCUGUGAUGCUGUGGCUUUGCCCCCAGAGGAACAAUUGGAAGAUGAUGCACUCCAUAGAGUUCAAAGAGAGACUGACUUCAUUUGCUUCUGUUCUUCAACCCCAGAUACUGUUUCUUGGAGACAUCCUACCAUGGGUUCCUUGUUCAUCACAGGUCUGAUUAAAAAAAUGAAUGAAUUAGCCCAUUGCCAGCCAUUGAUGGACAUCUUCCUUGAAGUACAAUCCUCGUUUAAGGGUCAAAGGCAGAUGCCCACACAAGAGAGGAGUACGCUGACAAAGAAAUUUUACCUUUUCCCAGGCCACUGAUGUAAGGUAUCAGUCAAUGGAUCCAAGAAUAUCAAGACCUUUGAAUUUAGAAUGUCUUUUUCUCUGCAGCAAGAUAAGGUUGGGUGUUUACGGGUAACUCUUAAAUCGUUUCAACAUGAUGAUAGCGUCUAAAUGGUUCUUUUUAACUGUGCCUUAAAGCAAUGAGCAAUAUUAACAAAUGUUAAUUGCAAAAAGGUUUUAUUGUGUAAAAUAAAUGUAACUAGAAGAUGAAA